AUGAACUCCAGAGGCCUGAGUGCCAUGCCAGAGGGGUCACAACCUGUUCUCCACCAGGGCCCAAUGGGGGAAGAAUAUUUUCGGUUACCCUCGCCCCUCUCCUCUGGAGAACAUGAACAAACAAAUGUGGACUUGGGUCAAGACUGUUACAACCAACUAUGUGCAGAGCCAUCAGAUGGAGAGGGUGAACGUCCAGUAAGUCUAGUGUCCACCUUGUCUUCUGGAUCGUCCCGUGACAGUCACAGCCUUUUCGGGAGCACAGUGACCCUUCCUUCCUCCUGCACACCACCCAUACCGAGUGAGGAGGACAUCAACCUGGAACUGAGUCCAGCUGAAUGCGCUGCAGAGCAGACAAGGGCCCAGAGUCCUGGCCUCGCAGGAUCCAGCGAACUAUCAAAGCCGCACCUGAUCAGCAACCAGUGGAAUAACAACAACGCCAGAUCCAAUAGGCAGGCACGCGCACCGAUCCUUCACAUACCUGCUUCGCCUGUCAUCACUGAAACAAUGGCACCCAACCCAAAACUGACCCACGUUGACAGAGUUGUCAUGGAGAUCAUUGAGACGGAGCGCAUGUACGUCAAGGAUCUGCGCAGCAUUGUUGAGGACUAUUUGGCUCACAUUAUUGAUAUGAACAACCUUCCCAUACGUCCAGAGAAUGUGUGUGCUCUUUUUGGAAAUAUUGAAGACAUCUAUGAAUUCAACAGUGAGCUGUUGCAGUCUUUGGACAUGUGUGAUAACGACCCUGUUGCUGUCGCCCAAUGCUUUGUAGAUAAGAGUGAAUAUUUUGAAAUCUACACCCAAUAUUGCAACAACUAUCCAAAUUCAGUAGCAGCACUAACUGACUGCAUGAGGAAUAAAACCUUGGCAAAGUUCUUCAAGGAUCGUCAGGCUGCUCUGAAGCGUUCCCUCCCUUUGGGUUCUUUCCUCCUCAAGCCAGUGCAGAGGAUCCUUAAAUAUCACCUGCUGCUCCAGGAAAUUGCAAAGCACUUUGGCCCAGACGAAGACGGUUAUGAGGUGGUCCAGGAAGCUAUAGACACCAUGACGGGGGUGGCCUGGUACAUCAACGACAUGAAGAGGAAACACGAACACGCUGUUAGAGUGCAGGAGAUCCAGUCCCUUUUGAUCAACUGGAAGGGUCCUGAUCUGACGACUUAUGGUGAGCUUGUGUUGGAGGGGACCUUUCACGUCCUGCGGGCCAAGAACAGUCGGACACUCUUCCUGUUUGACAAGAUGCUGCUCAUUACCAAAAGACGAGGAGAGCACUACGUCUACAAGACUCAUAUAUCGUGCUCCACCUUGAUGCUACUUGACAGUGCGAAAGACCCCUUGCUCUUCAGUGUUAUCCAUUUCAAACAUCCCAAGCAGCCCCACACAGUGCAGGCCAAAUCUGUAGAAGAGAAGCGUCUUUGGGCUCAUCACAUCAAGAGGCUUAUUCUCGAGAACCACAACGCCAUUGUUCCGCCAAAGGCAAAAGAAACUAUCGUUGACAAUUCAGAUUGUGUUGGAAAGUACCACUGUAGUCCAGAGAGGGUGAAGAGAGCAGAUUCCGAUCAUUCGGAUGACAUUCAUCUUGCAGGAUGGAACGUGAGGAGGAGAUCGGAACCUUCUAAACAAAUCAUAAAAAGUACAAAAGAUGUUCUAAAGCAUGCAGAAAGUGAAGGCAACCUGUUAGGGGACAGGCACCAACCUCAGCCCGUUCCAAGCAUCAGGACACAGGCCGGCAGUGUAUGCGAGCCCCAAGACGAGACGUCCGCAACUGAGGAAGCUCUGCUGCAGCUAAGUUCUACUCCAACAAAGCUGAGCUCCUCGAAGACAGGACAGGAAAAACAGGAGGAUGAGGAGGGAGAAAGUUACAAGGAGGAUUUACUGAUUGGGGACGACCAGGUAGCCGACUUUGCCAGCUCCGUGCUGGCCGCCAUCUCCUGCUGGCACUAUAGAGCCAGGGCUUUGCUUUCUUCUCACUUCACAACGGAUGAUGCCGUCGGUGAUGCCGCUCAUUUGACCGACAAGCUAGGAAAGCAGACUCCCAAAACUCUUGGCCUUGAAGAAAAACAGACAGAUAUAAAGGAGACUAAAUGGAUCCAUUUGGAUGAGACGCGCCUUUCAGACAGCGCCCCUCAAGUGGAGAACAUCCAUCAAUGUCCCGAGUCGGCCCAAGAGGCCAUCACGGUGGAGUCUGUGGAGACUUCUCGCGAAACUGGCGAGGAAGAGGGAGGAAGCGACUCAUCAGGCCUUCAAGUGGAGGAAAACAGCGCGUUGAUGAGUAGUGAGCUCUCUGAAGAGGAGGACGAUGAUGACGCCGCGAGGAGGAAGUGCAUCCUACCGUGCUCCGUGUUGGACCAGGCCAGCGUCAUCGCUGAACACUUGAUCACGGGCCUGGUCCCUGAGGAUCUGGGCUUGCUGGCCUGCUCCUCACCUUUGACCUGUAAUGAAGGAUCCACAAGCCCCUCCACCUGUGCAAACUGGCAAGAAAAAGAGCCCAAAAUGUCUCCCGCUGAGCCAACUUCUGAACCACAGUUGAUCUCUGAGGCCAAUUUGCCUGUGCGGGAAUCUGCCCUCGCUGAGAGUGAGCAUCGUUCCACCCUCUCGAAGCGGGAUCUCCUACUAAUCAAUAAGAUCAGGAGGUACUAUGAGCACGCCGAGCACCAAGACGCCAACUUCAGCAUCAAGCGCAGAGAAAGUCUCUCUUACAUCCCUGCAGGUCUAGUGAGGCAACUGAGCCGACAGCUAAACAAUAUUCCAGACCGGCAGGAGGUCCCGGUCCACAGGAAAGUCCUCUCCCGUUGCAGGCCUACUUCCUGGUCCGUGUUCGAUCUUCCGGGUUUAGAAAAGAGUCCAAAAACCGACACUGAAUCACAGAGAUCUGAGGAAGUAAAGGCUAGAUCUCUAAGUGUCACAGAUUCUUCAACCACCGAUGAAGACUUCCGACCAUCAUCAGAAAUGCUCAAAGUCUGGCAAAGCAUGGAAUCCGAGGAAGACGACCAGCAGAUCGAUGGGGAUAAGCAGUCACACUUUGAAUAUUUGGACUCCUCAGAGCAUAAACUCACAAAGCAAACAUCGCUGAUUGUAGAAGAGAGUGAAACAAGUCCUUCGUCGGAGGGUUCGAAUGUUUUAGAGGAACAACACUCCAAGCGGCCUAAACCCUCUGCGAUUCACAGGAAGAACUCUGUUCAACGUUCCAGGAUUAUUAGCUUCAGAAGCAGUGUGGACGAAGACCAGAUCCUGCAGGACAUGGGAAAGAUGAAGAACAAGGUCUUCCAGUUGGCUCGGCAGUACAGCCAGCGCAUUAAAAAUAACCGACCGGCGGUCUGGCAAAGGAACCGGGAAGGGUUCAAGAACAUGCCUGCUGUCCUAGAGGAGAAGCUUAAGAAAAAAGGUAAACCCAACCUGAGACUGCCCUUGAAUGCUUGUGAACAGAUGGUCAUCCAUGAGGUGAGUACACCAAGUCCAGUACAGACUCCGAGUUCAGCAGCCAGCUCCCUCAGCACAGUGACCGACCCGCAAAGCCCUGAGUCGGAGAACUUCCACUGGCCUGACGUACAAGAACUGCGCUCCAAAUACAACCCCAGCAUCCCCGACAUAGACUCCUCAAAAGGGACACCGGAAUGUUCUCCAGCCAGCUGCAACGGCUGUUCCCACGCAUCUCCUCAUGACGACCCCGCGCUAGGUUCGGCGGGAAAUCCUGAAUCCUGUCACGACUCGCCUCGGCCCCGGUCUAAGCUGCUGUGCAGGUGGAACUCUUGGGAUGACAUGCUUGAUUCGCUGCCACUCCAUGAAGUGCAGAACCUGCAAGAACCCGUGCGGUCACGUCCUAGCGAGUCUCUGACUGCGGAGGGAGACCACGUCCCCAAGGACGGCAAGUCGUCCGCUCAAAGUUUAGCCAAGACAUCAGAAACUAAUCUUGUGAAAUGCUUACGGGAGAAGUUCCAGAGUUUAAGCAGCAGCUCAUGA